CCAGAGCCAAAACACUCCUCUCUCUCCCUCUCGCCGUGAUUUGAAAUUAGGUUUUUUUUUUUUCUCAGUGAGCUCAGUUCUAGAAGCAAGAUUCACAAUGGAAGUCGAAAAUUCACAGAUUUUAAAUCUCCCUGCUGAAAUCAAAUGUCUAGAGUCUGAUGUAGUAAUUCACAGCUACCAAAUGUCUACAGUGGAUGAGAAUGUAUACUCUAGGUUCAGUUCCGACUACGAUUUGGACACCGAAGAAUAUCUUGGAAGUGGAGCAAAUGGAGUUGUAGUUUGCUGCAAGAACCGGUUGGAUGAAAAAACGUAUGCUAUAAAGAAAAUCUCAGUAUUCGUUGAUGAGGAUUUCCCAUUUGAUGAACUCAUGAGGGAGGCUGUCAUUUUAUCCAAGUUCAAUAACCCUGCAAUUGUCCGAUACCAUUCGGUAUGGAUUGAACCUACUUUUGUUGGCAUAACUGGAGAUCCUCAAAUACCAACGGAAGAGCAUCCAGUUGAGACAGACCAACCAUGCCUGUACAUUCAGCAGGAGCUAUGUGACUGCACGGUAGAGCAAAAGAUGAAGGCUGGAGCACUUACGCUGGAAGAUUGUGCACACAUUUUCUUGGAAACCGCAAAAGGCCUGAAACACAUUCAUGGUCACAAUAUCAUGCAUGGAGACAUUAAGAAGGCUAAUAUAUUCUUCAGCAAUGGCCUGCUGAAAAUUGGAGAUUUUGGCCUCGCCCAGGAAAUAGGCGAUGGUACAAAUGAGAUUAAAACCAGACCUCCAUACUCAGCACCUGAUGAACUGGUUAAUGCAAAAGCUGAUGUGUUUAGUUUGGGUAUUCUGCUGGUUGAAAUGCUACUCAACAGUACUGGAGGACAUAAAGCAUCUGAGGUCAUUCGGCUGCUGACAAAACGAGGAAAAGCAGAGCUUCCUGACAGCUGGCCUGAUGGCCUACUAAAGACAUGGGUGAUGAGGAUGCUAAAAAAGGAACCAUCACAGAGACCUUCAUCAUCAAGGAUAAGGAAGAAGAAAGCAGAAAUAGAGGGUGCUAUUCUCAAGUUUCAUCUGAAAAAGAAGCAGAAGGUGCAUGAUACUGCCGAAAAGCAGAUUGAAGGUAUGCAGCGCAAACACAGAAAGCCUAAGAAUGUCAAAGGUAAAGUUCAAAGACACAGAAGGUAUAGUCUACUGUAAUUGUCAGUUGCAGUCAUUCUUCUUCAGCAAAAGCAUACGGUAAAAGUUCAAAGUACUUGAUAGGGUAAACAUCAAAUCAUUUAAAAGUUUUCAUGCAUGAGGAUUUCUAUGGACGAGAUCUAUGUUUUGGUUCUACUGGAGAACUUUAAAUACAAUCGAUAAUGGUCACAAAUGGAGGAUGUACUGAUGUAGGGGAAUCAAGAAAUUAUGUCAGACAAUGUGCUGUUUUAUUACAAUGUAAACUUUGAAUUCUGACUGCCUUUAUUCUAAUUUCCAAAUAUUGGUAUAUAUCCUAUAGGUAUAUUCACUCUAUUGAGAGGUUUUUCUUUCUUUCUGUCCUACUUAUAUUCAAAAAUGACAUAAUGGUGUAUGUGGGAAUUAUACUUUUAGACUCAUUAUAUUCUUAUUUUCCAAGUAACAACGAUGACUUUUUAUUAAGCUUUUCACUCAUGUUUUAUCUCCUCCUUUUCUUUCCCUAACAGUGGUUUAACUGUUUAAGAUACAAUGUCAGCAUCCUAAUACGUUAUGCUACCACAGAUUUUAUCAACUAAUUAUUCUGAAGUCUGAACUCUGAAAUGCUUUAAGCUAACAUGACAUAUGGCAUAAUAACUUGAGCUAACAACAAACCAUGCAAUCUAUUUCAGUUCUUUUAGUCAGGACAAUGGAAAGUAAAUAUAGAAAGUAUGUGGUUACCAACUCUAGAGAGCCAAACCAUUGCUAUUAAAUGUAAAUUUUCAAUUUGUUGACAAAAUUUCUUUAGCACUAAGUAGAGUGGAGGAGCUAAUUUAUCAAUAGAAUGGGAAAGAAGAAAUCACUUACCAUCU